CUCCUCACGCCGGAAAUCACGCCGCAUUCACCCUCCCGCGUCUCGCUCGGCUCUUCCCUCCUCUCUCUCUCGCACUCACCCGGCGACGCCGACGCCCCACCCGCGCGCGGUUGAUCCCCCGUCCACCGCUGCUCGAUUUCUCUCCUCUCCCGCGCCGCCCCUCCGCUGUCGUCGCAUCCCUCACGUGCUGCCCCUCCGUCGUCGUCGGAUCGUCAUGCCGCCUGCCGCCGCCACUUGCUCGUGGAGAUGGCGAUGAUCAUCGAAGGUGAGGGUCCCUCGAAGUUUCUCCCCUCUAAGGUGAAGUUCUGUACGGCGUCGUUUGGGCUCCGAUUCGAGUGUCGCGGUGCGGGGAUUGGGUGGCUAGGGUUCCGGUUCGAGUGGUGUCACGAUUGACUGGUGCUUAUUUCCGUGUCCACCCCGAACCGUGCUACGGAGAAGCAGAACGGCGAGCAGUGAAGAGCUCGAGGGAGGGUUCAGUGAUUACUACCGCGGUGCUGCCUGGCUGCUACCUCUUUCUGCCUCUUCAUUCCACCGCAUCCACCAGCUUCUACUUCUUCAGUCCUUGGCUGUCGGAUCGGGCUACCAACCAGUCAACAACAGAUCCUCCCUAUACGAGAUGGGUAACGUGAAGAUCAUUGCUGCCACAUAUGGGUGGAAAGAAUGAUGUUCUCAUGGUUUUUUAAAAAAUGGUGAUAAUGAUAGGGACCAUGAUCGCCACAGGGAUCACCGUGAUAGAAGCAAAAGAAGAUAGCAUCGUGAUUCUGAAUAUUCUGAUGAUCGCGAUCGGCCUUGGGACGAUGAUUCUGAAAGAUCAAUAAUCAAUGGAAUAUUCUGCACUACCCUAGAGUGAAGGGUGCUGCGGAGGCUAGAGAACAACAGUAUUCAGUCCUCCAAAUUAGAUGUUGCACCAUUGUUGGUGACCGGCUGACCGACAUGAAUCCAUCGCCACUCAGUUUUAAGUUUAACAAAGUUGCAAGGAAGUUUUCAAGAUAUUGGGGACUUUUAUCAGUUUGCCGACUCCACACUUUUUUGGCACCAAAUCACUUCAGUUCCUCUCCUGCACAUGAGGACUGCAUGUUUGUACAAUGAAAGUAUUGUGGGGUUUUAUCAAGAUGCAACAACGGGAAGAUUGAAAAGGCUGCUGCCUGUAAGAUUGAGAGGGCUGCUUCUGGAGGAAAAAGCACACUACAUGGGCAAUGACAAUGGGAGAGGGAUUGAAAGGAGAAACACUCCCAAGGAGAAGGAGAAGAGCGAGGGAAAACACCAGGGUGAUGUGAGCAAAAUCUAAUCGGGAAGCACUAUAUCAUACUGUAUGAUAUAUUAAUACACUAUGAUAUUGGUUUCACCUCAGUGUGAUAUUGAAGCAACAGAGAUUGUUUUAUCAAGCUAUCAGGUCAAAAAAAAAAUGAAAUCCUAUUGUCAGCAUUUCAUAAUUUUAGUACUAAAUUUUUAUUUUCUGAAUCGAUUCAUGUAUAUGGUUUUACCAGACUGAAGCUCUUGAUUUAGAGAAACUUUGCUAGAAUACCGUAGCACAAGCCGCAGAGGAUAGAAAAAAUGAUGAUACCAAAGAUUUUCUUUCUCUUCUGCACCCUUUGGAGCAUUUACCAGGUAAAUUGAUUUUUCUUUUGGUUAAUAGAUAAAUAUGUGAGCAUGCUUUGUUGGGUUUUUUUAGUUGAUUUUGGGUUCUGUCAUCAUAGUUUAUUUUCCAGUAAGGAUGUUUUGCCCACAAAUAAUUAUAUGGUCACCAAUAAGUGUUACAGCUUAUAAUCAACUGUGGAAAAAAAAACCAUAGGAGAAUUUGUUUCACCUCAGUGCCACACAAUUGAAGCAAGGCAUUCAAAAUGGAAUAAGAAAAGUAUAAGCUGUGCAGUUCAACAAAUCUGAAGUAUGUGGUUGGCACAUGUACCUUUUUUUUACACAGAAUCAAUAUGGGUUGUGGUUGAGCUUGCUUAUAUCUUGAGCAGCUGAGAAUUCUACAGUUGUGAAUUAUGGUAAACAUAUCUUAUUUGACUUGUACCAUGAGUCCAGUGAACCUGUAACCAAUAUGUUUGUUUUUAACUUCAUAUGUUCAUAAUUUAAAUUUUCCAGUGAUUUUAAAGGUUAUGUCCAAAAUUUAAAUGUUCCACUGAUUUAAAGGUUAGUGGACUUUUAGUGCUACAGUCUUACAAACUUUUGGAUUGAAAAGGAUACAUGUUUCUAUUGUUAACUUAAGCUUGCUGCUAGCACAUCUUAAUUCAACAUUCCUACGUAAUUUGUCACCCUUUCUCAGAUCCUCCGUAUGUUUCAACUAAAUAGAACAUAUGUACUCCAUCUGCCUCAAAUUACAAGUACCUAUGCUAUUUUCUAAAAAAGAGAUUAAGGUUGGGGCGUGAGAUGGUUGUUAUUCGUUGAUAUGAGAAAAUAGGUACAAGUAGUUGUAUUUUGAGACAAAUUUGAAUCUUAGAGGUACCUAUAUUUUGAGACGGAGUGAGGAGUAAGUUAUUACUACAUAUACAACUGAAGAAUUUUCUUCCUAUUGGUAAGAGCUAUGUUUCAUAUGGCUUCUCUCAGCAUUUCAUUUCCAUUGGCUCACCAGUACUAGCAUGUGGCACAUUUGCACUGCACGGGUGAUGAAUUGCGGACUUGUGAGGAGUCCAGCUCCUCCAAGAAAAAUGUGGUGAUGGAUUGCGGACUUGUGAAGAGUCCAGCUCCUGUAAGGAAAAUGGGUUGAUGGUUAUGUAGGAUGCCUUGGAUCUUAUGAUAGUAUAUUAAGGUAUAGGCGUUGACAGAGAUAAGCAAAUUUGUUAAGUGAAAUUCUGACGAGAAUAUGAAUAAUAUGAAAUCAUUAUUCAAGCCAAAUGUACAUAAAAAAACAUGAAUCUUUGGUUGGCGAUUCAAAAUUUAUAUAUUUAAAUACCUAUGUUGCCAGCAUAUGCCUCUUUUGACUGAUUGAUUGUUGACAAAUAUAGCCGUAGCGUUAGCACGGGUGGAUUACCAGUAGAGAGAAGUUCACUAACCAAUCAUGUCAAUGAGGAUUAGUCAAGACUGAUCUGGAUUGGAACGGCAACCUAGUCAACGAAAGACUGCUGCUGCUGCUAUACCCGGCUGCUAAACAGGCCAAUUUGGUAAAUAGUUUAGUGGGUGGAAAUUGUCAUCGCGUCACUUUCAGCCCCUCCGGUUUUCCCAAUUACACCCCCCCCCCCCCCCCCCGGCCUGCACGGCAUGAAAGAAAGCAACUGAUUAGUAGUACACCUCAAUUUCAAAAUAAGUUUGAACUUAGAGCAGUCUGAAUUUGAAGUUGAGGUAAGAAAAGAAGGUUUGAAUUUGGACCCCAACGAGGAGACGGUAAAAACACGGCAAAGGCAAGAAGGCAAAACCAAGGAAAAGAAGAAGCGAAAAGUAGUAGCCAAGCAGCAGCCAAGCCAACAACCGCACGGCUCGAGAUCCGCCGCCGCCGCCGCCGCCGCCGCCGCUGCCGCCAUGGCCACCGCGUCCUCGCACCACCGCGCGCGCCUCCGGUCCCGCGCCGCGCCGCUCCUCGCCGUCGUCGUGCUCGCGGUCCUUGCGCUGACCGCCAUCCUCCGCGCCAGCCGCCACGACUUCGUCCCGGGCGCGGCGCGCGCCGCCGCCGGAGUCGGCGGCGGCGGCAACAACCACACCAUCGCGCAGCGCAAGAUCCUGCUCGACCCGGACUUCACCCCGCGGCUCCCGCGCCAGAGCGCGCUCUCCCUCUCCCUCUCCCAGCGGAACGCGCUCCCGCCCCGCAACGCCGACCGCUUCCCCCGCCUCCCCGACGGCCACCUCAACAUCGUCCUCUACGUCCACAACCGCCCCCGCUACCUCCGCCUCGUCGUCGACAGCCUCUCCCGCGCCCACGGCAUCGGGGAGGCGCUGCUCAUCGUCAGCCACGACGGCUACUUCCCGGAGAUGGACAAGAUCGUGCAGACCAUCACCUUCUGCCAGGUCAAGCAGAUCUUCGCGCCCUACUCGCCGCACCUCUUCCCGGAGGCCUUCCCCGGCGUCUCCUCCGGUGACUGCCAGGGCAAGGACAAGGCGGCCGAGAAGCACUGCCAGGGCGACCCGGACCAGUACGGCAACCAUCGCUCCCCGAGAAUCGUCUCGCUCAAGCACCACUGGUGGUGGAUGAUGAACACCGUGUGGGAUGGGCUGGAUGAGACCAGGGACUUCGAUGGCCACAUCCUCUUCAUCGAGGAGGAUCAUUACAUCUUCCCCAAUGCGUACCGCAAUGCGCAGCUGCUUGUCGACUUGAAGCCUAGCAAGUGUCCCCAGUGCUAUGCUAUAAACUUGGCGCCAUCGGAUGUCAAGGCGAAAGGGGAAGGUUGGGAGAGCUUGGUUGCCGAGAAGAUGGGUAACAUUGGCUAUGCCUUCAACAGGACAGUUUGGAGGAAGAUUCAUGCCAAAGCUAAGCAGUUCUGCACAUUCGACGAGUACAAUUGGGAUAUAACGAUGUGGGCAACCGUGUAUCCGUCGUUCGGAUCUCCUGUUUACAGCCUGAGGGGACCUAGGAGGAGCGCUGCACAUUUCGGCAAGUGUGGCCUGCACCAAGGCCAAGGCUUGAGCAAUGUCUGUGUGGAUAAUGGCGACGCGACAGUACAAUUAGAUGCCAUCGAUAAGGUCCCUAACAUCAAAGCUAACUGGCCAGUACAUAUCAUCAAGAGGCAGGAGGGGUAUCAGGCUGGCUUCAAAGGAUGGGGUGGCUGGGGUGAUAAGCGUGAUCAGGAGCUCUGUCUCAGUUUUGCAUACAUGCACCAUUUUAAAGACCCAUCAUCUCCUUGAUGCAGGGUAUAGGCACACGGAUUUUGGCAUAGCUGCCGCCUUGUUGUAUUAUUGUUCGGUAUCAUUCAUUCUUACACACGGUUCGAUAUAAAUAGCAGUCUUCCCUUUCCCAAUUUUGUAGAAUAGCUCUUUCUUCCCAGUUGAAAGACAUUGCUGUUAGAGUUGGAUCAAUAUCCCAAACUGUAUGACUUAAGUAGUUAAGCUCACAGAUGUGGAUAAAGUUUACUCUUUUAAGCACAUGAGUUAGCAUUUAUUUGCUACUUGAGAUCUUGCCAUGUUUCCUUCUGUCUACAUCAUUAAUGUUCAAGUGUUCUUACUCUCAUAUU